CAAAGAUAUAUUUAGUAUCUACCCCGCGAUGUUCAAGAAAAUCGGAAGUGUGCCUGCAAAGGGAUUCCUGCGUCUAUUCCGUCAGGGAGAGAAUUGCCGAACGAUAACGUCGCAAGAGGUUUUCAAACGAGAAUCGGAAUACGGGGCCCACAAUUAUCACCCUCUUCCAGUCGCACUAUGCAGAGCGGAAGGAGUUUUCAUGUGGGACGUUGAGGGUAAACGAUACUUCGACUUUUUGAGCGCGUACUCCGCGGUCAAUCAAGGCCACUGUCACCCGAGAAUUUACAAGGCGCUGAUCGAUCAAGCGAAAGUUUUAACUCUGACCUCGCGAGCGUUUUACUCGGAUGCUCUAGGAGAGUUCGAGGAGUACAUCACGAAACUUUUCGGCUAUGAGAAAUGGUUGCCGAUGAACACCGGGGUGGAAGGCGGAGAGACCGCGUGCAAACUGGCACGCAGAUGGGGCUACGAUUCUAAAGGCAUACCGCGGUAUCAAGCGAAAAUCGUCUUCGCGGAGGGCAACUUUUGGGGAAGAACGAUGAGCGCGGUUUCUUCCAGCACGGAUCCGACUAGCUACGCCGGCUUCGGCCCGUUCAUGCCUGGUUUCGAGAUCAUCCCUUACGACGAUCUCCCGGCGCUCCAAAGCGCCUUAGCCGAUCCGCACGUUUGCGCUUUCAUGGUCGAGCCCAUCCAAGGGGAAGCUGGAGUCGUCGUACCAAAGGACGGAUAUCUGAAGGGUGUCAGAGAACUGUGCACGAAACACAACGUUUUGUGGAUAGCCGACGAAGUACAGACCGGCUUAGCCAGGACUGGAAGACGGUUGGCCGUGGAUCACGAGAACGUGAAACCGGACAUUCUGAUCCUCGGCAAAGCUCUGUCCGGUGGUUUCUACCCAGUGUCCGGUGUCCUUGCGAACGACAACGUGAUGCUAACUAUAAAGCCCGGAGAGCACGGUUCCACCUACGGUGGCAACCCUCUGGGGUGCAGGGUCGCCCUCGAAGCAUUGCGGGUGCUCGAGGAGGAGAAGCUAGCGGAGAACGCUGACAAGCUCGGGAAGAUUCUCAGGGAAGAGUUGAGGAAACUUCCAGAGAACGUGGUUACCCUCGUCCGAGGAAAGGGUCUCCUAAACGCGGUCGUUAUCAACGAGAAGAUCGACGCUAUGGACGUAUGCUUGAAGAUGAAAGAGGAGGGUCUGCUCGCGAAACCGACGCACGGCCAUAUAAUCCGUCUGGCCCCGCCGUUGGUCAUCACCGAGACUCAAAUACAGGAAUGCGCCGAUAUUAUUUCUCGAACGAUUGCCAAAUACGCAAACUAACACACGUCAUCAUUUUAACUAUCAAGAGAUCUGACGAAUAAACUUACUUUACAAUGUU